GCGGGGCCAUUCCCCGAGAAGCGCGGAGCGGAGCGGACGGCGGAGCCAUGGGGAAGGCGGCGGUGAUGCUGGUGGCCCUGGUGGCCUUGCUUGGGCUGGCGCAGGCCGAUUUGACGCCCAAGGUACAGGUGUACUCCCGCUUCCCCGCCUCCGCGGGCACCAAGAACGUCCUCAACUGCUUCGCGUCCGGCUUCCACCCGCCCAAGAUCUCCAUCACGCUGAUGAAGGACGGCGUGCCCAUGGAGGGCGCGCAGUACUCCGACAUGUCCUUCAACGACGACUGGAGCUUCCAGCGCCUGGUGUACGCCGACUUCACGCCCAGCAGCGACGCCGUCUACACGUGCAAGGUGGAGCACGAGACCCUGAAAGAGCCGCAGGUCUACAAGUGGGAUCCCGAGUUCUGAGCUGUGCCCGGGAUGAGCACGGUCUGUAGAAUUCUGCAUUUCAAGUGGAAAUGAGCUUGAGCUUCUGUCCUUUUUUGCAUCACACUUCUGGGUAGGAUGGCAAAGAGCAAGCAUCUUCAUCAUGAAAUUCCUUCCUUUAGGAUGCUCUCCUAGGGUUAGCAGCAGUGGUCUGAAAUCUGUGCUCCUGGAAAAGCAUUGGGGG